AGUUUCUGUUUUACAAAGAUGUUUUUAGAUUUCUUUGACUAGUUAUACAAUCGCACACUUAAUUUACGCGAUGUUUAUUGAAACAUAAUACUUGCUAUCGUGAUACUGUAUCGUUUCUCAUUUCAGAUCGGUCACGCGCCUCUGGUGGGAGUUUGCGUUUGUCCCUGCGUUUCCUGAGGCAUCAUGACCUGCCUGCACCUGCUGUUGACUUUGGUCUUUGCUGUCAGCUUGGGGACACCUGUAGAAAUUCAGCGGCCCCGAGGAGUGCCACUGACAAAGAAACAGUUUUAUGAGGAGAGCAAGCCUUUCACCUGUCUCGAUGGAUCCCGGACUAUUCCUUUUGACCGAGUGAAUGAUGACUACUGUGACUGCAAAGAUGGUUCAGAUGAGCCAGGCACCGCUGCUUGUCCGAAUGGUAGCUUCCAUUGCACCAAUGCUGGUUACAGGCCCAUGUUUAUCCCAUCCUCCCGUAUUAAUGAUGGCAUCUGUGAUUGCUGCGAUACUACUGAUGAGUACAACAGUGGAGCCAAAUGUGAAAAUACAUGCAAGGAACUAGGACGUAAAGAGAGGGAAGUUCUGCAGAAGAUGGCUGAGAUCACCAAAGAGGGCUUUCUCCUGAAACAGCAGCUCAUUGAGGAAGCCAAGAAAGGACAACAAGAAAAGCAGAGUAAAGUGACUGAUAUGCAGGAAAAUAAGAAACAGCUCGAUGAGAAAGUUGAAGCGCUGAGGACAGUGAAAGAGACAGCAGAGCAGCCUGAGAAGGAAGCUAAAGAGCGCCAUCUCAAGGCCUGGGAAGAGCAAAAGGCAGCUAUUCGUUUGGAGAAGGACAAAGCCAAAAUGGCAGAAACCUUUUUGGAGCUGGAUGACAAUGCAGAUGGCUUUGUGUCGGUCUCUGAGCUUCAGUCCCAUGCUGAAUUGGACCCAGAUGCUGAUGGCACACUUACUGAAAUUGAGGCCCAGGGACUGAUGGGAGGAGCUGAGCAGGUGGACACAUCAACAUUUGAGAGUGUUUGGCCCAAGAUUAAAGACAAGUACCACUCAGAGUCCCAGGCUGAGGAACCUGCCCCAGUGGAAACGCCUCCAGAUGAAGUGAAGGAACCAGUUGUAGACAAUGACUCUGAGCCAUACCCAGAAGAUGACAUCUCUGAGGAAGAGGACGAGGAUGACGAGGAUGAGGAUGAUUAUCAUGAAGACGAUGAUAAGGCGCAGCCCACUAUUAAGACUCCAGAGAAGACUCAUGAAGAUGAGGAAGCCAUGCCACCUUAUGAUGCAGACACCCAGGCCCUCAUCGAUGCUGCUCAGAAGGCCAGAGAUGACUUUGAGGAGGCCGAGAAAGCUCUUCGGGAGAUGGACGAUCAAAUCAGAAAUAUUGAAAAAGAGCUGUCCUUUGAUUUCGGCCCUGAUGCUGAGUUCACUUACCUGUACAGCCAGUGCUACGAACUUACCACUAGCGAGUACAUCUACAGGCUCUGUCCUUUUAACCGGGUUUCACAGAAACCCAAGUAUGGGGGCUCAGAGACCAACCUUGGGACAUGGGGAAGUUGGUCAGGGCCUGAAAAUAAUAAGUACUUGCUGAUGAAAUACGAGCAAGGCACCGGGUGCUGGCAAGGUCCAAACAGAUCAACUACUGUGAAACUGACUUGUGGGAAGGAGACUGUGGUGACCUCGACAUCGGAGCCGAGUCGCUGUGAAUACCUAAUGGAAUUCACCACUCCUGCAGUGUGCCAAGAGCCAGCCAACAUUGACCCAUCACCACACGACCACGUGGAGCUCUAGACGCCACGCUCUGCUUGUUGAUGCAUGGUGGUGGCUCUGUGGGAACAUUAACUUAAUUUCCUGUUGUUUAAGGCUGUUUAAGAACCUCUUCCAUUAGUUUUGGAUCAGCUGAAUGAAGCUGGACAUUGGGAGAGCAUUAAGUUUGGUAGACUGUAAUGUUGUUGUCAUUGUUUUUACUGGAGUAAAAUCUGAUCUCUUCACAUUCCAUGGAUGAUGUUGAAAUAAAUUCAACUUAAAAAAAAAAAAAAUGUUGCAUCUCAGAUUUUACACUAUAUGCUAUGCACUGUGUACUCUAAAUGCCUCUUGACUCUUGACUGUGUACUCUGCUGUCUAGUAUAUGAACACAUCAGAGUCUGAUGUUAAGCAGGGUUGAACCUGCUCAGUAGCUGGAAAGGAGACCCCCUGGGAAAACUAGGUUGCUGGAAGAAGUGUUAGUGAGACUAUUUUUGUGGCUUGUUGGAAAAUAAAAACCUUAGUUGUGUCCCAAA